AUGGAGGGUCUGCCGCCUGCCCCCGGGGCCACGUUGCAGCUGAUCCUGGAGCACCUGUGGGGCGCUCUGCUGGUGGUUCCUGAGAGCUUGACGCGCAUCUCAGGUCUCCCUGCGUUUCCCUGGGAGAUCCUGGUGUGUGCUGUGGUGCUGGUUCUGAUAGUAAGGAGAUGGCACACUUUAAGAAGUGUGAUGUUCCCACGGAAAGGUUCUUCUGCCCACGGUGAAGUCUGUGGAAAAUGCAGUGAGAAUAGGGGACCAACGGCUCAGGCUGAUGAAGCCCUCAGGCCACCUGGGGUGGAGGCCCGUCCUCCCACGUUACAAACCUUGUGCUUGUCGGCAAUGAAGGCAGAUCUGAGCAGGUCAUCAUUCAAGGACACUGUGGACUUUCUGGAAAAGGCACACAACAGCCGGCCUCCUCCACUUUCCCAAGUGACUGAUGGAAAACACACCUUGAAAGCCUCAGAGGAGGAUGGAGAACAACCUCAGAAAAAAGAAAGGAAAGAUUUGCAUAAAAGUAUUGAUUUUCCACAAAGUCCAGAACUGUCUGACCAAGACAUUGAGAGAGAAAAGCAGCGAGUCCAGGACAAGGAGGAGCUGGGAGGAAGCCUGGAGCCGUCCAAGGUACGAAAGGAGCAGGUCCUGAAAGAUAAACUCAGCCGAUUAACAUCCACGGCAGAACGCCUGCCGCCCACCUUCCCCUCGCCUGGCCCCCUUGGAGAUCACGUGGAUGAAGGGAACCCAGACGUCCAGCCAAAGAAGGAAGCAGGAAAUGGCCGUCGUCCUGUCCACGGCUCAGAAGUUGACCUGAAGGGCGUCCCUGACGAUGCUGACGGCAGCGUGUCCCUGCCACGUCCUGAAGAGGGACGUCAAGGAACAGCCAGACAACUGAGGGAAGAAAAGCAAAUGAUCGAAGCGCUUACAGGACAAAUCACAAGUCUCCAAAUUGAGGAGGCGUCUCUGCAGUGGGAAAAUUCACUGCUUGACAGUGAGAUUCAGCAGCUGAAGCGGAAACGUCAAUGUCUGCCUGAUUUACAUGACGACUAUGUGAUGCAGCUUCACAGAAAAUUGUUCAAGGAGGAAACACGCUGCUCAGAAUUGAAGAAGAAACUUUUCAACGUGUGUAAAGACAUGAACUCCAUAUAUCAGAUCCGCAACCUCUCCAAGAAGAUAGCUGAAGACAUGAGCAAAGAAUUGGAGAGAACCAAGUCCUACUAUGACCAGGAGAUCCGCUUCUAUGAGAAAAGAGCUCAAGAAAGCUGGGUGGCGGCUGUGGCCACGGAGAGAAAGCUCAUGGAGCUGAGGAAAGAGAGUGACCGCAGCAGGCAGAUGCUGGCCAAGGUCGAGUCCAGCGUCCAGCCUUUCCCAAGGGGCCCUCGUGCUGCCGCUGCUCCACCCGCAGCCCACAGAGGCCCGGAGGUGUCAGGGGGUCCCCUGGGUCAGCAGCCCCCCCUGCCCCCCGAAGGAGGAGGGUCACGCUGUGAGGGCUCAGGGACCCUGGGUCACUGGCAGGUUUGA